CUUCUCAUGCUGCUCUACUUUCCCAGCUCAGAUCCUGUUACUGUGACGACAAGCAAAGCCAAAGUGGAGGUACACGAAAACACAAAUGCUGUCCUGUCCUGUGAGUUCAGGACAGAGAAAGAAACCAACCCACGAGUUGAAUGGAAGAAAAGAGGCAAAGAUGUUUCAUAUGUUUAUUUUGAUGGGGAUUUUACAGGUUCAUUUAAGGGCCGUGCAUCCAUCGAUGGAGCGACAAUGACCCUCCGUGGUGUUACACAGAAAGACUCAGGAGUGUAUCAUUGCGAAGUCACAGCCCGUCAGGACAAAAUCAAGCUGGGGGAGGUCACUGUAAUCCUCAAUGUGCUUGUGCCACCGCAUGCGCCAUCAUGUGAGGUCCCAGAAACAGUCAUGAGAGGAUUUUCUGCAGAGCUCCGCUGUAAAGACAAACUGAGUGUUCCUGCUGCCACCUACAGCUGGUACAAAGACAACAAACCGCUUCACGCUGCCACUCUCCAUGAAAUCAACUACACCCUGGACCCCAAAACUGGGACUCUGAAGUUCAAUGUGUCAAAAUCUGAUGAGGGUCAGUAUCGAUGCGAGGCCUCGAAUGGCGUGGGAGCACCCAAAAGUUGUGCAGGACAGCAUAUGAAGAUAACUGAAUUUGAGCUGAACAUGACAAUAGUUAUAGCCAUAGAGGUGGGAGCGUUCCUGUUCCUCCUCUCAUGCUGUGUUGCCAUCUGUCUGUGCUGCAGAAGAGGGUGCUGUCGUUGCUGCUGCAAGAAUAAAAGAGAGGCUAAACAAAGGACAAAGACCAACUAUAUCCCUCCAGAUCCAAGAUGCUACAAACAUACACAGUCCUUUGUGUUGUGAAGAGAGUGCACAUACUGGAUAGCACUGUGCUAAAAGAAGUGCAUUUAAGUGACCUCAAAGACUGGAGAACCAUAUCUUACAUUACGUGCACUUGUAUAUGUCUAUGAUUUGCUCUAAAGGUCUAUCAGAGGAAAAAUACGCCCCCUGGUGUUGAGGUCCAUCCACAACAGACCCACAUUAUGGUUCAUGUUUCUUUUAUACUACUGUAAAAAGCUUUUCAAAUUUAUUUUUAAUACCGUGUAGUAUUCUAAUUGUCUCGGAUCUGUUUGACUUCUCACAAAUUAGAGUAGAGACCGUAAAUGUUGCACUAUUUCAUUUUAUU